AUGCCCUCGGACUUCAUCUCAUUGCUCAGCGCGGACCUAGACCUGGAGUCGCCCAAGUCCCUGUACUCGCGAGAUUCUCUGAAGUUACACCCAUCCCAGAAUUUUCAUAGAGCUGGACUAUUGGAAGAAUCUGUCUAUGAUCUUCUCCCAAAGGAGUUACAGUUACCUCCAUCUAGAGAAACAACUGUAGCAUCAAUGAGUCAAACAAGUGGUGGUGAGGCAGGCUCGCCUCCUCCAGCUGUAGUUGCUGCUGAUGCUUCUUCAGCUCCCUCCUCUUCCUCCAUGGGCGGUGCUUGCAGCUCCUUUACCACCUCUUCCAGCCCUACCAUUUAUUCUACCUCAGUCACCGACAGCAAGGCUAUGCAAGUGGAGAGCUGCUCCUCAGCCUUGGGGGUAAGUAACAGAGGGGUAAGUGAAAAGCAGAUAACCAGUAACACAGUUCAGCAGCAUCCAUCAACACCGAAGAGGCACACAGUCUUGUACAUCUCACCACCACCUGAGGACUUGCUGGAUAACAGUCGGAUGUCCUGCCAGGAUGAGGGGUGUGCAUUGGAAUCUGAGCAGAGCUGCAGUAUGUGGAUGGAGGAUUCCCCCUCCAACUUCAGUAACAUGAGCACCAGUUCCUACAAUGAUAAUACUGAGGUACCUCGUAAAUCACGAAAACGAAAUCCAAAGCAGAGGCCGGGGGUCAAACGACGAGAUUGUGAAGAAUCUAAUAUGGAUAUAUUUGAUGCCGACAGUGCCAAAGCACCUCAUUAUGUGCUCUCUCAGCUUACCACGGACAACAAAGGCAACUCAAAAGCAGGAAAUGGAACAUUGGAAAACCAAAAAGGAACUGGAGUAAAGAAAAGCCCUAUGUUGAGUGGACAGUAUCCUGUUAAAAGUGAGGGAAAGGAGCUGAAGAUACUUGUACAACCUGAGACCCAACAUAGAGCUCGGUACCUGACGGAAGGUAGCCGAGGCUCGGUCAAGGAUAGAACACAGCAAGGCUUUCCUACAGUAAAGCUGGAAGGCCAUAAUGAGCCAGUAGUGUUGCAAGUGUUUGUGGGUAACGACUCUGGUCGAGUGAAACCACAUGGAUUUUAUCAGGCCUGCAGGGUAACUGGGCGAAAUACAACUCCCUGCAAAGAAGUGGACAUUGAAGGCACUACUGUUAUAGAAGUUGGCCUUGAUCCGAACAACAACAUGACACUAGCGGUGGACUGCGUAGGGAUAUUGAAAUUGAGAAAUGCUGAUGUUGAAGCCAGAAUAGGAAUUGCUGGUUCCAAGAAAAAAAGUACUCGUGCCAGAUUGGUUUUUCGAGUUAAUAUCACAAGGAAAGAUGGCUCCACUUUGACACUGCAGACACCCUCUUCUCCGAUUUUAUGUACUCAGCCAGCAGGAGUGCCAGAGAUCUUAAAGAAGAGCUUGCAUAGUUGUUCAGUGAAAGGAGAGGAAGAAGUAUUUUUAAUUGGCAAGAACUUUCUAAAAGGAACUAAAGUGAUUUUCCAAGAAAAUGUUUCUGAUGAAAACUCUUGGAAGUCAGAAGCUGAAAUCGACAUGGAAUUAUUUCAUCAGAAUCAUCUUAUUGUGAAGGUUCCCCCAUAUCAUGACCAACAUAUAACUUUGCCAGUAUCAGUGGGAAUAUAUGUAGUGACCAAUGCUGGAAGAUCUCAUGAUGUUCAACCAUUCACUUACACUCCAGACCCAGCAGCAGCUGGUGCUUUGAAUGUAAAUGUGAAGAAGGAAAUAUCUAGUCCAGCACGACCUUGCUCUUUUGAAGAGGCCAUGAAAGCUAUAAAAACUACUGGAUGUAACUUAGAAAAGGUAAAUAUUCUUCCUAAUGCUCUGAUCACUCCACUCAUAUCAAGCAAUAUGAUUAAGAGUGAAGAUGUUACUCCAAUGGAAGUGACAGCAGAAAAAAGACCGAUUUUUAAGACUACGAAGACAGUUGGACCAACUCAACAAACAUUGGAAAAUAUCUCUAACAUAACAGGAAAUGGCUCUUUUUCAUCAUCAUCAUCAUCUUCUCAUUUACCCUCUGAAAAUGAAAAGCAGCAGCAGAUUCAGCCCAAGGCAUACAAUCCAGAAACCCUGACAACUAUCCAAACACAGGACAUUUCACAGACUGGUACCUUUCCAACAGUUUCUGCUUCUAGUCAGCUGCCUAACAGUGAUGCACUACUGCAGCAGGCCACACAGUUUCAGACAAGAGAAGCUCAAUCUAGAGAGGUAUUGCAGUCAGAUGGAACUGUGAUUAAUUUGUCACACCUGACUGAGGCAUCACAGCAACAGCAGCAGUCACCACUACAAGAACAAGCACAGACUUUACAGCAGCAGAUUUCAUCAAGUAUGUUCCCAUCACCAAGUAGUGUGAGUCAGAUACAGAACACGAUUCAGCAGUUGCAAGCAGGAAAUUUUAGCGGCAGUACUGCUAGUGGCAGCAGUGGAAAUGUUGACUUGGUUUUAGAGGCACAACAAGUUUUAGAGGCACAACAACAGUUAUCUUCAGUUUUGUUUUCUACUCCAGAUGGUAAUGAGAAUGUUCCAGAACAGCUUAGUGCAGAUAUUUUUCAACAAGUCAGUCAAAUUCAAAAUAGUGUAAGCCCUGGAAUGUUUUCCCAGACAGAACCAGCAGUCCAUACCAGACCAGAUAAUUUAAUAGCUGGAAGAGCUGAAAGUGUUCACUCACAGACUGAAAACACGUUAUCUAAUCAACAGCAACAGCAACAGCAACAGCAGGUGAUGGAAUCAUCAGCUGCAAUGGUGAUGGAGAUGCAGCAGAGUAUCUGCCAGGCCCAGAUUCAGUCAGAAUUAUUUCCUUCAACUGCUUCAGCAAAUGGAAAUCUUCAGCAGUCUCCAGUUUACCAGCAGACUCCUCAUAUGAUGAGUACAUUACCUACCAGUGAGGACAUGCAAAUGCAAUGUGAAUUGUUUUCUUCUCCUACAGUUUCUGGAAAUGAAACUAAUACAACCACCACACAGCAGGUUGCAACCCCUGGCACUACCAUGUUUCAAACGUCAAGUUCAGGAGAUGCAGAGGAAACGGGCACACAAGCAAAACAGAUGCAGAACAGUGUCUUUCAGACCAUUGUCCAAAUGCAACAUAGUGGGGACAAUCAACCUCAAGUUAACCUUUUUUCAUCUACGAAAAGUAUGAUGAGUGUUCAAAAUAGUGGUGCCCAGCAACAAGGUAAUAGUUUAUUCCAGCAAGGUAAUGAGAUGAUGUCACUCCAAUCUGGGAAUUUUUUGCAGCAGCCUUCUCAUUCACAGGCUCAGCUUUUUCAUCCUCAAAAUCCUAUUGCUGAUGCUCAGAACCUUUCACAGGAAACUCAAGGUUCUAUUUUCCACAGCCCAAGUCCUAUUGUUCACAGUCAGACUUCUACAACCUCCACUGAACAGAUGCAGCCUCCAAUGUUUCACUCUCAAAGUACCAUGGCUGUGCUACAAGGCUCUAACGUACCUCAAGAUCAGCAGUCAGCCAACAUAUUUCUUUCCCAAAGUCCAAUGAAUAAUCUUCAAGCUAACGCAGUAGCCCAGGAAGAACAGAUUUCAUUUUUUGCAGCUCAGAACUCAAUUUCUCCACUUCAGUCAACGUCAAACACUGAGCAGCAAACUGCUUUCCAACAGCAGCCUCCAAUAUCACACAUUCAGACCCCUAUGCUUGCCCAAGAACAGGCACAAUCCUCCCAGCAAGGUCUAUUUCAGCCUCAGGUAUCCCUGGGCUCCCUUCCUCCUAAUCCAAUGCCUCAAAACCAACAAGGGACAAUCUUCCAGGCACAGCACUCAAUAGUUGCCAUCCAGAGUAACUCCCCAUCCCAGGAACAGCAACAGCAGCAGCAGCAACAGCAACAGCAGCAACAGCAACAGCAGCAACAACAACAGAACAUUUUAUUCAGUAAUCAGAAUACCAUGGCUACAAUGGCAUCUCAAAAACCACCACCACCAAACAUGAUAUUCAACCCAAGUCAAAAUCCAAUGGCUAAUCAGGAGCAACAGAACCAGUCAAUAUUUCACCAACAAAAUAAUAUGGCCACAAUGAAUCAAGAGCAACAACAGCCCAUGCAAUUUCAGAACCAGCCCACAGUUUCCUCACUUCAAAACCCAGGUCCUACUCAGUCUGAAUCGUCACAGACAUCCUUGUUCCAUAGCUCUUCUCAGAUGCAACUGGUCCAGGGGUCACCCAGUUCUCAAGAGCAGCAAGUAACUCUUUUCCUCUCUCCAGCAUCCAUGUCUGCAUUGCAGACCAGUAUAAACCAACAAGAGAUGCAACAGUCUCCUCUUUAUUCCCCUCAGAACAACAUGCCUGGAAUCCAAGGAGCCACAUCUUCACCUCAACCACAGGCUACUUUAUUUCACAACACUACAGGAGGCACAAUGAACCAACUACAAAAUUCUCCUGGCUCAUCUCAGCAGACUUCAGGAAUGUUCUUAUUUGGCAUUCAAAAUAACUGUAAUCAGCUUUUAACUUCUGGACCAGCUGCAUUGCCAGAUCAGUUGAUGGCCAUAAGUCAGCCAGGCCAACCACAAAAUGAGGGCCAGCCACCUGUGACAACACUUCUUUCUCAGCAAAUGCCAGAGAAUUCUCCACUGUCAUCCUCUAUGAACACCAACCAGAACAUGGAAAAGAUUGAUUUGCUUGUUUCAUUGCAAAACCAAGGGAACAACAUGACUGGCUCCUUUUAA